UGAUGACAUACAACUCGCGGAGGUUCAUGAGUCGGGUAGGGUUCGUGUUUUGGACAACAGACCGAAUAGAGGAAAUCGUAAUGUGGAGGAAGGGCUGGACACAUACUCUUCCCUGGGUAAUUGUGUACGUGCUGAUUUGCUAUCAACCCAAAUUAUUGUUAUUUGUGCCCAAUGUGGUAAUCUUGUGCAUCAUGCUGAUUACAUACCAACCGUCUCAAAAUAUACCCCGCUCCAAUGGGACGCGGACCACCAUAACCGAUCCAUCGCGAUCUAUUCGGUCUCACCCGCCUCUCCCAGUUCCGGCGUCGGAAGGGAGUGCAGCGUGGCUAGCUAAUGUUCAAGGUGUCCAGAAUCUAAUGGGUCUAGUUGCGGAUGCAUACGAUGCCGCUGCACCCAUGGUUCCGUACCUGACUUGGAGAUCUCGCUCGUCGUCAAUUCUAUUCUUAUUCGCGCUCUUCCUCACUAUCUCCUUAUGGUUUAUCCCGCUCCGUUUAGCCUUUCUCAGUAUUGGCCUCUUUCUUUUUACAGCAACCCAUCCUUUGGUCAGGGAAGCGCUUAUUUCCCCUCAUGCUCAACUCUAUUUCCGCCAACAUGGACCAUUUCUCUGGGACCGAGUGCGCCAAUUUAUGAAUGACGCCCACUUACCCGAGAGAAUUAUCCCUCACCUGAAUGAAUUGCGGAGCGUUGAAGUAUUUCAGAAUGAGCGUUGGGCGUGGCCGUCAUCUUCAGCUGUUAGUGCCGCUCAUGGCGAAACUCUUCCCGCGGGAUGGAAGAACGGUGCAGCAAAUCUCAAACCAACAGAACGUUUACCCUGGACCCGAGGCAAGGACGGAAGUGGAGGAGUCGGAAGCGCUAGUGGAGUGCUCAACUUCUCACUAGAACCUCACUGGGCCUACGUAGAGUCCGAAGAUUGGGAACCCGACUUCUACGGCUGGUGGACAGCGAAGGACAGUGUAUCACGGACGGAUUCAGAUGGAUGGCUAUACACGAACGAUGCAUGGCUAGACCCACACCGUUCCCCGCCGGCCGAAUGGCAAAAAGCCGGACUCAUGACCAGACGACGACGGUGGACGAGAAGAAUAUACUACAUUGGCCCUUAGUCGCCCCCACUCUAAUUUCAGUGUACAGUACCCAUUUUGUGCAUUAUCUCCGUUUGUUUCAUGCCAUCAAAUUCGAAGCCAGAGCCAAGGG